AUGAGCUACGUACACACUACAGACAUGAAAGAAGACAAAAAAGAGCUGGCCCAGGUUCAGACGGGCGAAUUGCAGGAAAGAAGCUCUUUUUCGUCUGAUAGCUCAAACAGAGGCCAAAUUGAGAUCGCAGACAAGCAUGCUGUCGGAGCAGAAUUGUUCAACGAGUUGCUUGAAGGUGACAUCCAGAUUGACGACAAAGAAUAUGCUCCCAUUAGACGCAAAAUUGAUCGUUGGUUAUUGCCACUACUGUGCGUAACUUACAUGAUGCAGUUUCUGGACAAACUAUCACUGAACUACGCAUCUGCAUACUCGCUUUCUAAAGAUUUGCAUCUCAAGGGUAAUCAAUAUUCGGACAUAGCAGCUAUUUUCAAUGUGGGAUAUCUCAUAGGCUCUAUUCCGGGCAAUUGGCUAAUCCAAAAAUUGCCAGUGGCCAAAUUUACAGGGUGUACCUUGGUGAUUUGGGCAAUUCUGCUAAUUGCGCAUGUUGGUGCCACUAAUUUCCAGUCCAUGAUGGCCUUGAGAUUUCUACUAGGAUUUUUAGAGGCCGCCAUUUCGCCUUCCUGUAUGAUGAUGUGCGCCAUGUUUUACAAUAAGCAAGAACAGCCCUUUAGAAUGUGCACCUUUUUGAGUAUGAACGGUGUCGCUACCAUGGUCGGCGCUCUGUUGGCAUAUGGGCUAGGUCACUCGACCAGCGCGGCCCUCAGACCCUGGAAGCUAAUUUUCCUAGUCAUCGGCUUAAUCAACUUCGUGUGGGGUCUUAUCUUCCUGUAUUUGGCGCCGGAUUCGCCAUCUAACGCACGCUUUUUGGACCACGAUGAGAAAUUGAAGGUUGUGCAACGUGUGUCUACGAACAAAAUGGGUCUUAAGGACACCAAACUCAAGCCCAAGCAAGCUGUGGAGGCUCUUCAGGAUGUUGGAUGCUGGAUCUUAGCAUUAAUUGGUCUUGGCUGUGGUGUCAUCAACGGCGGAACGUCCAACUUCAUUUCGUCGCUCAUCAAGGGUUUUGGAUUCACUGGAUUGAAUGCCACUCUAUUGCAGCUUCCAACAGGUGCUAUCGAGCUGGUCUGCGUUUUCGCAGCUGGUGUUAUCGCUCUUUGCACCAAAAAAAACGUCAGAACCAUAUUAUUGUUCGUCCUUUGCAUACCAACACUUGCAGGUCUUAUCGGUAUUCAUUUGAUUCCUCUUAAGCACAAGUGGGCCCUGGUCGGCUGCUGCUGGUUGUUGUACAUUAUUGGAGGCCCAGUUAUUAUGUGCUGGAUUUUACUAAACGUUACUGUUGCCGGAUCUUCCAAGAUCUCAACAGCCAAGAUAAUGUGGUUUUUGAUGUACACGGCGGGAAAUAUCACUGGGUCCAAGAUUUUCUACGCUAAGGAGGCCCCAAGAUACAUUACCGGUAUGAAGGGUCUCAUGGCGUCUUAUGCGGGCAUGAUGUUCCUGUGCAUUGUUUACUACUUUUUGAUGCUUUACAGAAACAAGUCCAGAGACAAGAAGUACGGUGUGUUGACUCCCGAGGCCGAACAACAAGGUAUUAUCGACGGUUUCAAGGACUUGACGGAUUUCGAGAACAAGAACUUCAGAUACACUUACUGA